CUGUGCCUUACAUAGAGUUGGUGCAUCCACCUCUGUGUCACUUUAUGACACAUCAUGGGAUGCUCACGGCUGUUGGUUUUGGGUCUUGUCCUAAAUGUUGCUCAUUGCUUGGAAACUGAGGGUUCAGGUGCAGAGCAGACUCAUGUGAUCUCUCACAACGUCACAGCAGUCCUAGGGGAGACGGUGUACCUGAGCUGUACAUAUCUGGGUGAGAGUCAGAUCCUGGGUGCUGAGUGGAAACGCCAGCUUAAUGCUAAAAGUACUUUCAAGCGACUAGCUGGAUUUUCAAAUGGAAAACCCUUCGGCCGCAAUGACUUCUCAAAUCCAGAAUCUCCCACCAACCUCACAGUUCAGAUGAGGGUGAACAGUGUGGAGGCAGAGGGAGAGUACCUCUGUGAGUUUGAAUCAGAGGAAGAGUAUUUCAGUGGCAGUGUAUUUGUCACUGUUCUAGCUCAGCCUGAUGUUCAGAUCCAGGUGAAUGAAAAGACCAUAGAUGCUACUCAUUACCAGUCUGUGUCAUGCUCUGCCAUCGGAGGACGGCCUGCACCUCAGAUCAGCUGGUUGAUUGGCGGCCUUCCUCCAUCAGAUAACACCUUCAAUGUAGAUGUGACUGAAACUAUACACUCAAACGGUACAUCCACCCUGAGCAGCAUCCUCCACUUCCCCACCCACCUGCAGGAUGAGGACAGCGUGACCUGUGUGGUCCAACACAUGACCCUCCCAAACCCCAAACUCACCACUGUGAGGGUGGAAACAUACGCAAGGCCAAAUGUGACCAUUAAAGCAGAGAUGAUACAGCAAGGAGGAAAUGAUUUCUGGGUGGUCUCUUGCAUUUCAUCCGGUGGGAGACCUGAAACAGACAUGUCUUUGGCUUUGAAAAUGACUGAGGAGCUACAGAGAGAAAAUGUCAAAGACACAGACGUACAAAUACUCUCAGUGCAUCUAAGUGCAACGGACUACGAGGGGCAAAACAUCACCUGUAUGUUUAAUCAUCCAAAAUUCACUCAAGUGGAAUCCAGGGUUGUAACGCUGCCAGUGUUUUAUUUGUCUGGAGUUCAAAUCCACUCAAAGGUGGGGAUCAGCAGUGAUGGCUUUCAGGGAACUAAAUAUUUAGAGCUGCAAGAAGGACUGAGUGAAGCAGUUAUCAACCUCAAGGUCAUGGGGAAUGUGCCACGCUACAAAGCUAUCUGCAAAAAAGAUGAUGGACCCCUGCCUGAGGGUGUGGAGCUGGUUGCUUCGAGCCUCAUGUUUCAGGGUUCUGUGGCGCAUCAGCAUGCUGGUCUGUAUGAAUGUGACUUCUCUUACCACCACCUCAACACAACGCUGCGGCUUAACGUCACAGUGAAACCUCAAGCUCAACAGCUCGUUCCUCCCACAAUCCGAGUUGAUUUGCGAGUUGAGGACGGACACAGGGUGAUUGAGUGUGUUGCAGCCGAUGCUGUUCCUGCAGCCAACGUGUCCUGGCUUCUACCAGAGGGUGUUUCUGCAGACUUUUGGUUCAAUUCCACUACUUCUAGUGAGAGCCACUCUGUCAGGGGAGUUUUACUCCUCCCUGCCUGCUUGCCUUGGGAGCUCACCGCAGAGUGUGUGAUAAAUCACUCUGCAUUUGAGGAACCAGAGAACAGAAGCGUAACACUCCCUCUUUGUGCUCGCCCCAACAUCACAAUCAGUGUCAGCUCAGAGUGGAAAGAUGGUCACAAGUACACAACGGUGCACUGCUCUGCGGUCAGUGUUGCUUCUGCUGCUGCUAUAAGCUGGCAUGCUGCAAACAACAGCAUCAGUUCUCUGACAGAAACUGAAGUCCAGGUUGAUGGUUUGGUAUCAGCACAGAGCUCUGUGCAUUUCCCGUCCUCUCUGUAUGCCGGUCAGAAUUUAACUUGCAUGGUGAAGCAUCUAAGUCUGGAGACACCUGAAAAACUAACAGUUUAUAUUCCUGUGCACAAAGCCGCUCAACUGAGUGUGUCUCUAGUGAAACUGCAAGACUCUUCUCUCUGGAUGGCAGUGUGUGACUAUAGAGGGGAGGGUGUCGGGACGAACCUUGCCUGGGUCCUUCCUGAAAAUACCAGGGGUGAAACAUCCCUGAACACCAAAUAUGAAGGACACAUAAUAAAUGCCAGGCUGACUUAUCAGUUUCCCCUCGCCCUACAUGAAGGACAAGACCUGACCUGUGUGCACCAGUUCGAACAUGGGAUCACAGAGAAGAAGACAGUUCACAUCCCCAAAUACUACAUUUCUUCUUUGGGAGUCCUGAACCAUACAACUCCUCUGCACAGUCGCUACAGUGACCAGCCUGUAAUAUACAGACUGUCUGUCCACGAGAAUCAUCACAACCAGAAAAUACUGCUCAGAGUUGAAGGCAACGUGCCAGAGUACAGCAUCGACUGCAGAAGGAGUGAUGGCUCAAUUGUUCAAAUGAAUGGGGCUGCAAUGAUCAUCCAGCCUGAGCUUUCAGGGCAGGAUAAAGCCCUGUACACCUGUUGGGCUUCUUUCUAUCACCACACGGCCACGGUCAACAUUCAAGUGGAGUUCACAAGAGAGGACGAACAGCUUAUGCUGGUAACCAUGAUCUGCAUCCCAUCAGCCUUUGCCAUCCUUCUCUUGCUCAUCAUCUUCCUGUGUGUGUGCUGCAAAAGAAACAACAGGGCACAGUACAAGCAGAGGGAGUCUGUUUCGGCCUUGACAGCUUUGAUGCAGGAUCCAGGCUCCUCUGAGGUGAACAAGUCAGCAGCAGCAACUGAGGACAGUAAAGAGUAUGAUCACAUCAAUUAUUCCAUCGUCAUUGAUGUCAAGAGUACAGUGUGAAGAGAAAGAUGCUUUGCAUGGUUUCCUAUUUUACCUUCAGCUUCCAUUGCGCAGACCGGCUAUGAAGGCUUACUGAAACUGCAGCACUGUUUAAAAUUUGACUGAAUUUUGUAGCAAUUGAAGUCAACUGACUAUGUACUGAGCUUUUUUUUUUUUUUUUUUAGCAGAUUGGCAUUAAUGGUUUUUAAAGCAUAUAAUUUGCACUCUCUGUCUUACUUGAAUUUUUCAUCUUGGUUUACACACAUUGUAUUUUUCAGGAUUUUAUGUUUUCUGUUUUGUAUUUUUCAAUAAAGCUUU